AUGAGGAGUGUCUCUUCUUGGGCUGCAGUGGCAGUUGCUGUGUCUACAGUAUCCGGUGCUAUUGUGCCUCUGCACUUGGUGCGACCGACCUCACUGCAUGCACCUUCGUCCACAACUGGUGAUGAAAGACUGUCAAAUAAUGACCACCCCUUGUAUUGGGCUCUUAUGUCUUCUUUGGCAGGCCUUACUGGUGCACCCACUGCGACAGUUCACCACGACUCGAGUAUCACGACUUCGUCGGGUGCAGUAAAUACUCUCUCCACAGCCACGGAAACUUCAUCGAAGGGUGUCGAUGGUUCGAUGGCAAAUUUGCCGAAGGUGGCUAGUUCCUCAAAGAUGACACAUACUACUACAAUGAUAACCAGCACCAAUUCAGCGGCCACGCAUCCUCUCGCAACAAGUACAAGGACUUCAGCUCCAUUGCCAAAGACCCAUACUCAAUCCACAAGAGCCAGUCCUCCAACCCAGUCUCCAAUCUCUCAAAAAGGCCACUCGCACGCGACAAAAACCUGCGCUGCCCCCACCAAAAGAGCACCAGAUAUCUACUGGCUUGAUGAGCAGGAUCACAAUCAACAAGGAGCAGGAUUUGCUCCCUACGCUAAAUCGUCCCUCUACCCGGUGUACCGCAAUGUGAUGGAUUACUCGGUCGUCAAUGAUGGCAGUGGUAACCAAACCCCGAAACUACAGCAGGCCAUAGACGAUGACGGCCAGGGAGGCAGUCGAAAGGGCCAAGGUCUCACGCGGUACCCUGCUCAGGUCUAUCUUCCAGGUGGCGUGUACCAGCUUGAAACCACUCUGAACCUGACUGUUGGUACGAUAAUUGUGGGCAAUCCGUUAAAUCCCCCUAUCAUCAAGGCUGGAUCUGGAUUCCGCGAUGAGUAUCUCAUCAUGGGGUACGAUUCACACAACGGCAACCCGGAAACUAGCUUUGGAACACUUGUCAAGAACGUGAUCAUAGAUACAACGGCCCUCAAACCAGACCACCACAUCACUGCUCUUCAAUGGGGAGUUGCCCAAGGGUCGGGUUUGACAAAUGUUGAGAUUCGUAUGCCAAAAGACUCCACGGGUCACACUGGAAUCGAUAUCAAUGCCGGGUCAACAAUUGCUGUGACAGAUGUGCAUAUUACUGGUGGAGCUAUCGGGAUAAAAAACUCUAACCAACAAGUCAACUUCAAGAACAUCUAUUUCGAGUCUUGUAGAACAGGUUUCACCGCGUCAGGUGGGUGGACGGUGCUGCUGCAACAAGCAACCUUUGAUAAAUGCGGCACUGGUAUCGAUAUGACUGGGAAUGGAUUGGGUAGCCUAGUGCUUCUGGAUUCCACUUCCACCAACUCAGGAACGGUAGUCAGAUUCUAUGAUUCGUCCCAUGAUUCUGGAAACCGAAAUAGCCAGUUCCUCAUUCAGAACCUCAAGCACGAUACAUCGAACCCUAUCGCGGUGGAUGCUCAGGGAAAUGUGGCAUUGGCCGCUACCUCUCAUGUCGAUACCUGGGUCUGGGGCACUGUCGCUCCAGAGAACUACCAGACUGGGGUAAGCUGGGUCACAAAGCGCCCGGCACCUUUGCUGGUAGAUGACAAAUACUUUACCAAGCCCCAGCCCACCUAUCAAGAGUACGGCGCAAAUGAUAUUGUCAAUGUCAAGACCGUAUCUGGACACACAGUGAAAGGUGACGGUAAGACUGACGACACCAACAGUCUGAAUGCUAUCUUGGCUGAAAAUGCCGAUUCGUGCAAGGUCACAUACAUCCCCUUCGGUGUAUACCGAGUCUCAGACACCAUUUUCGUUCCAGUUGGAACCCGCAUUGUCGGAGAAGCAUGGUCUGUCAUUUCUGCAUUUGGCGACAAGUUCAAGGAUUCCAACAAUCCGAGGCCUGUUAUUCAGCUUGGCAAUACCGGGGACAUUGGCGUGAUUGAAAUUCAGGACAUGCGAUUCUCCGUCGGCGAGAUCCUGCCGGGGGCCAAGAUUAUUGAAAUCAAUGCUGCAGGUGAUCAGCCUGGUGACAUCGGUCUUUGGAACACGAUGGCCAUGGUGGGCGGGACCGCUGACACCAGUAUAUCCGGUGCUUGCACGUCGCAAGACCCAAAGGACUGCAUGGCUGCGUUCAUGGUAAUGCACCUGACCAAGAGCUCGUCCGCAUAUAUUGAGAACUUCUGGGGAUGGACCGCCGAUCACAACCUUGAUAGCGAGUCACUUCUCACUAUUGUCUCAACUGGCCGCGGCAUCUUGGUCGAAUCCACCAAGGGCACCUGGCUGACAGGAACCGGUUCCGAGCAUCACUGGCUGUACAACUAUAACUUCCACAACGCCGAGAAUGUCUUUGCGGGUCUUCUACAAACGGAAACACCGUACAUGCAAGGACAGGGCGAGUACCAGGCGGCACCAGCACCAUGGACAGCUGUCGCCAAAUAUGGUGACCCCGAUUACUCAUGGUGUGCCGCAGAUGACCAAAAGUGUCGCACUGCGAUAGCUACAAAUGUCGACGGUGGAUCUAACAUCGCGCUGUACAACUCAGCUGCCUGGGCUUUCUUCGACGGGUACUGGAAUGGUCUGUAUAACGAGCCUUGCAACGGGAACUGCCAAACCAACAUGAUGCGGGUCACGAAUGAGCCUCAGAAUCUGGUCUGGUACUCGAUCAGCACGCGCAUGACGGAUGUGAUGGUGCUCGAUGGGAAGAGCAACCCGCGUGAAUCAGACUAUAAAGGUGGAUGGGAAGCCAUAAUCCAGGUUUAUGGCCAGUUUACAGCAUGA